AUGCGAUUCAUCAACACUCUCGUCACCUGCGCCGCUGCGGCUGCCCAGUUGGUCUCCGGCCACUUCAGCAUCGUCUACCCCGAGUGGCGAGCUGAUUCCAUCAGCGAGGAGAAUGGCUACUCCCAGUGGAUUUAUCCUUGCGCCAAUGUCGGCGGAGGCGCUGGCAACCGAACUGACUGGCCCAUUCACGGAGGCGUCGUCCAACUUACCCUCCGUCACCCAUGGACCUACCUCUACAUCAACGUCGGCCUUGGCGAGGGCAACCUCACCAACUUCAAUAUGUCACUCCUCCCCGGUCUUGCCAAUGUUACCGGUCGCGGCAACUUCUGUGUCCCGACCAUUCCCUUGCCCAUGGAGAUUCUCGACGGCACUCUUGGCAGCAUCCAGGUCGUCACCAACGGUGUUGAUGGCGCUGACAUGUACAACUGCGCUGACAUCACCUUCCGAGCUGCCGCCAAGGUCCCUGAUGGCGUCUGCCACAACUCCAGCGACAUCUCUUCUGUCUUCCUCGGCGAGUCCUCGGGCGGUCCCAAUGCUACCGUCACUGUCCAGGCUCCUGCCCCGACUUCUCACCCGAACUCGGCCACGGAAGUCAUCAUGGGUGGAAUGGCAAUGGCCGGCAUGGUUGGUCUAGUUGGUGUCUUGGUUGGAGGUAUGGGCAUGUGA